AUGGCCCUGGGACUGCAGCUUCGGCGGCAGGUGUUGGCUGGACUCCUGCUCUGUGUGUGUGUCGGGCAAUGGGCCGAGGCUGGGAAGGUGCUGGUGGUCCCCAUGGAGGGCAGCCACUGGCUCAGCAUGCGGGAGGCCGUGCGGGACCUCCACGCCAGAGGUCACCAAGCAGUGGUCGUUGCUCCGGAGGUGAACAUGCACAUCAAGGCAGAGGACUUUUUCACUGUGAAAGCCUACGCCGUUCCCUACACACAGGAUGUGUUUGAUUCCAUCGUGAGGACUCAUAUUCAUGUGUUUUUCCAAAGAGUACAUUUUCUUACAAUGUUUUGGGAAGCUAUGGCAACUUUGAAAAAUGUGUCUUUGCUCUUUGCAAGAUCUUGUGAAGCACUAUUGCAUAACAAGGACCUGAUCAGAGACCUGAAUGCCAGUUCCUUUGAUGUGGUUUUAACGGACCCUGUUCACCCCUGCGGGGCAGUGCUGGCUAAGUACCUGUCCAUUCCUGCUGUGUUUUUUUUGCGUUUUAUUCCCUGUGACUUAGAUGUUGAGGGCACAGCAUGCCCAAACCCUUUCUCAUACAUUCCUAGGUUAUUAACAAAAAAUCCAGACCGCAUGACAUUCUUCCAAAGGGUCAAGAACAUGCUCUACCCUCUGGCCCUGAAGUACAUUUGCCAGAUUACCUUUACUCCUUAUGCGCGAAUGGCCUCUGAGCUUCUUCAGAGAGAGGUGUCGCUGGGGGAGAUUCUUGCCUCCGGAUCCGUGUGGCUGUUCAGAGGAGACUUUGUGAUGGACUACCCACGGCCGAUCAUGCCCAACAUGGUGUUCAUUGGGGGCAUCAACUGUGCCAACAGGAAACUGUUAUCUCAGGUGUGUACUGCGGCUUUUAUUCAGUCAGUGUUCCAAGUGGAACAAAUUCUUUUAAUUAAAGAUAUUUUAAAAACUUUUACACCACACUGCAAAUUAGGCCCUUGCAGUGAAAUGGACGGUUCCAAUCACUAG